CACGAUCCAGCAGUGACAUUAGGAAGGCGGAGCGCAAGGAAGGCGGGGCUGCCUUCUGUGCUGACCCGAGAGAAGACCAGGCUUCAGUCGACAGCGGGCGGAGGGGUCGCAGGCAAAGGGCGGGGCCAUUUAGAGCCCUGGGAAGGCGGGGCUUCUCCUGACAGGGGGCGGAGCUUCCGCAGCCUGGGGCGGGGCUUCUGUUGACAGGGGGGCGGGGCGGCUCCCUACCUCCCGCGGUGCGCCAAUCCCCGGACUAGGGGUCGGGGUCGGACCCCAGUGGAGUAUCAGGGUCUGGGCGUGGAGAGCUCGGCGCCGCACGGGGUGGGGGCGCGCGGGAGGGCCGCGCCUUGACCGGCUCUCUCCCUUCCCCCUCCGCCCCGGACGGCCGCUGGGGCGCGCGCCUCUCCUCGCACCCCCACCCUGAGUCCCCACGCUCCGCGGGGCCACCGAGCUGCUGAGGCCCCUUUGCGGGCCCGCCGAGCGGUUCCGGGUUUAGGGUUCACAGGUCAGAGUUGACUCCCUGAAAAGUGCAGCCGGUUUGAAAUGCAAGAUGGCGGCGGCGUGGCGCUGAGAGGCGCGGCGGCCCCUGCAGGUAGUGGCGCGAGCCGGCUCCGCGACCAGCGGGCCCGGAGACUCUGGGCUGCGGGUGGGAACUGGAGCGCAGAGUCCGCGGCUGGCGCGGGAAAGGAGAAGACAGACAGCUGCUUUGGACCUAUUGGUAAUGAUGGCCUGAGCUAAACAUCUAACUAGAAGGGAUACCCUUCCAUUUCAAAGAACAGAAUGCUAAGGAAGCUGUGGCAAGCCAGGCACGGUGGCUCAUGCCUGUAAUCCCAGCACUUUUGGAGGCCAAAGUGGACAGAUCACCUGAGGUCAGGAGUUCGAGUCCAGCCUGGCCAACGUGGUGAAACCCCAUCUCUACUAAAACUACAAAAAUUAGCCAGGCAUGGUGGCAAGCGCCUGUAAUCCCAGCUACUCAGGAGGCUAAGGUGAUUGGAGUUGUGCUUCAAAAAUUUCAGAAAUUCAGCAGUAUUUUAUCUGCCAACAAUAAGUUCUUUACUUGAUUGCACCAUGAGAAAGCUGCUAAUGAGACUUGGUGAGCACAAAAAUGGACUUGAAGAACCAAAAGCCAUUGUUUUCAAAUGAAGAACACUGAACAGUUUUAAGCCUCGAUGCUUUUUAAUCACCACUGAGCUUUUCCUCAUAACAUCAGAAUGGCAAGCAGGCGAAAAUCAACAACACCUUGCAUGGUCCUUGCCAGUGAACAAGAUCCAGACCUUGAGUUGAUAUCAGAUUUGGAUGAAGGUCCUCCUGUGCUUACACCUGUAGAAAACACCAGAGCAGAGAGUAUCUCAAGUGAUGAAGAGGUUCAUGAAUCUGUGGACUCAGACAAUCAGCAAAAUAAAAAAGUUGAAGGUGGAUAUGAAUGUAAAUAUUGUACUUUUCAAACUCCAGAUCUAAAUAUGUUUACUUUUCAUGUGGAUUCGGAACAUCCCAAUGUAGUGCUAAAUUCAUCCUAUGUUUGUGUCGAAUGCAAUUUUCUUACCAAAAGGUAUGAUGCACUUUCUGAGCAUAAUCUGAAAUAUCACCCAGGAGAAGAGAAUUUUAAGUUGACUAUGGUGAAACGUAAUAACCAGACAAUCUUUGAACAAACAAUAAAUGAUCUGACUUUUGAUGGUAGUUUUGUUAAAGAGGAGAAUGCAGAGCAAGCAGAAUCUACAGAAGUUUCUUCUUCGGGAAUAUCUAUCAGUAAAACUCCUAUCAUGAAAAUGAUGAAAAAUAAAGUGGAAAAUAAACGGAUUGCAGUUCAUCAUAACUCAGUUGAGGACGUUCCUGAAGAGAAAGAGAAUGAAAUCAAACCAGACCGUGAAGAAACUGUAGAAAAUCCAAGUUCUUCAGCUUCUGAAUCUAAUACAAGUACUUCCAUUGUAAACAGAAUACAUCCAAGUACUGCCAGCACGGUAGUGACACCAGCAGCAGUUCUUCCUGGAUUGGCACAGGUGAUAACUGCUGUGUCUGCUCAGCAGAAUUCUAAUUUGAUUCCCAAAGUCUUAAUCCCUGUUAAUAGCAUUCCCACCUACAAUGCUGCAUUGGAUAACAAUCCCCUUUUACUUAACACCUACAACAAAUUCCCUUACCCAACAAUGUCAGAAAUUACAGUUCUUUCUGCUCAAGCAAAAUAUACAGAGGAACAGAUCAAGAUAUGGUUUUCAGCCCAACGUUUAAAACAUGGUGUUAGUUGGACUCCCGAGGAGGUAGAGGAGGCAAGAAGGAAACAAUUCAAUGGAACAGUGCAUACUGUACCUCAGACCAUAACUGUUAUUCCUACACACAUUUCCACAGGAAGUAAUGGUUUACCAUCUAUUUUACAGACAUGCCAAAUAGUUGGUCAGCCUGGUCUGGUCCUUACUCAAGUGGCUGGAACAAACACCUUGCCAGUUACAGCACCUAUAGCCUUGACAGUGGCAGGCGUUCCAAGUCAGAAUAAUGUACAGAAAAGUCAGGUACCUGCUGCUCAGCCUACUGCAGAAACAAAGCCAGCAACAGCAGCAGUUCCAACUUCUCAAAGUGUCAAACAUGAAACUGCAUUGGUAAACCCUGAUUCAUUUGGCAUUCGGGCAAAAAAGACAAAAGAGCAACUGGCAGAAUUAAAAGUUAGCUACCUUAAAAAUCAGUUUCCCCAUGAUUCAGAAAUUAUCAGACUUAUGAAAAUAACAGGCCUGACAAAAGGAGAGAUUAAAAAAUGGUUUAGUGACACAAGGUACAACCAGAGAAAUUCAAAGAGUAAUCAGUGCUUACAUCUCAACAAUGAUUCCUCUACCACCAUUAUUAUAGACUCCAGUGAUGAAACCACGGAAUCCCCAACUGUUGGUACUGUACAGCCUAAGCAAUCCUGGAAUCCUUUUCCUGACUUUACUCCCCAAAAGUUUAAAGAGAAAACUGCAGAGCAGCUUCGUGUCCUUCAGGCAAGUUUUCUCAACAACUCUGUACUUACAGAUGAAGAAUUAAAUAGGUUAAGGGCACAAACCAAACUUACCAGAAGAGAAAUCGAUGCUUGGUUUACAGAGAAGAAGAAAUCAAAAGCUUUAAAGGAAGAGAAAAUGGAAAUAGAUGAAAGUAAUGCAGGUAGUUCCAAAGAAGAAGCUGGAGAAACUUCUCCUGGAGAUGAAUCUGGUGCACCUAAGUCAGGGAGUACAGGCAAGAUAUGUAAAAAAACACCUGAGCAGCUGCACAUGCUUAAGAGUGCGUUUGUCCGGACACAGUGGCCAUCACCAGAAGAAUAUGACAAGUUGGCCAAAGAAAGCGGGCUUGCUAGAACAGACAUAGUUAGUUGGUUUGGGGACACCCGUUAUGCUUGGAAGAAUGGAAACUUGAAAUGGUACUACUACUAUCAGAGCGCCAAUUCAAGUAGUAUGAAUGGUCUGUCUUCCCUUAGGAAAAGAGGGAGAGGGAGACCCAAAGGACGGGGAAGAGGAAGACCGCGUGGGCGGCCUAGAGGAAGCAAAAGAAUUAACAACUGGGACAGGGGACCAUCACUCAUAAAAUUUAAAACUGGAACUGCAAUACUUAAGGAUUAUUACCUGAAGCACAAGUUUCUCAAUGAGCAAGACCUUGAUGAACUUGUUAACAAAUCACAUAUGGGCUAUGAGCAGGUCAGAGAGUGGUUUGCAGAAAGACAGAGAAGAUCAGAAUUAGGUGUAGAAUUGUUUGAGGAAAAUGAGGAGGAAGAUGAAGUUAUUGAUGACCAGGAAGAGGAUGAAGAAGAAACAGAUGAUAGUGACACUUGGGAACCUCCACGACAUGUGAAACGGAAGCUUUCUAAAUCAGAUGACUGAAAUCUGCCUAAAACGUUGAAGGAGAAUCAAUUCUUCAACUCAAGAUGUCUGAUUUACUGUGAAUUUGCCCAAUCUUUGAUGACAUUGAAACGUUUUGGGGCAUACACACUCAAAAAGCAGGAUCCAAUACCCAAAAGAAAUGGAACUUAAUGUUGUGCCAAAGUUAAACUACUGCAGUUGGUGGAAGUUCUGCAAUGUAAAUAGAACACUAAUUAAAAAACAACUUGUAAAAAUUCAAUUUAAAUUUUAAGACAGUACAUUUUUAUUCUAAUAUGAUGGAGACAUUCUGAAUCUUAGACUUCCUGAGGGGGUUUAAUGACCACUAGAGCUUGUCCUCAUAUUCAGUCCAGCUUAAUACUGUGUGUCUAGUAAGAUGGGCUAUAUAUUGCCUCUAUUCUUUGACAUGUGAUUAAGCUUAGAACUUUGACCAAAAAUUUUACAGUAAAAAUUGUUAGAAAUGGGCAAAAAAAAAAAGAACCAAACCCUGAUUUAUUACUAUGUCUUAUUUAUCAGACCCUGCACUAAGAUUAAAAGUUGUGCAUGGGCUUAUACAAUUUCAAAUGUAAAAACAGCCUAUUUAUAUAUGUUGAAACAAUAAGAUUUUUUGGUUUCACUGGCCCUUAAUAAUUGGAUCGUUCAUUAAACACAUCCAUGAAUACCACUGUUUCUACUGUUACUUGUUCCAUUAGAAGCUGAUUUACUUUUUAUUAAAUUGCAGGUAAUUAAUUCUGAAGAAGGAAAAGAAACUGGCAUGAUAAUUUGGAUAGGGUGAAACUUUGAAAUAAAUACUGCACCAAAAAUGUGAAAAAGAAUCACGUAGUAAAUGUACACUUAGUGUUUUCUUACAAUCGUGGAAAUCAGAAAUGUUUAUACAGGUGUCAGAUCAGAAUUUUUAAGAGUUAUCUUUCAGUGAAAUUUUACUUUUAUAACAAUUUCAGUGAAUAGAGAAAAAAUUCUGAACUGAUCAUAAUGAGUUAAAAGUUAGCUUUUCACUUAUGAAUCAUGGGAGUGUUAACUAUUAACUCUUGCCAUAUCAGGAGACUGAAAGUUCAUACUAAUUUACAAACUUUGUAAAGACUGGUGCUGUUCAUUCAUAUUGGGAAGAACCCUUUCUUUUGUGACCAUAGGACCAUUUUUCAAAAUGCGCUUUCUUCGUAGAAGAAAUGUUCAGUUUAAUUAGCUUUGGAUUUUAACAUGUUUUUCUGAAUGACCAGAUGUAAGCUUAGCCAGUUUAUUUUCUCUAAUUUAAUGGAUAAUAAAUAUUAAGCUCUUAGUUAAAUGUUUUUCAGCCAUUGAAAAUGUUAUGAAAAAGCCUUGAAUAUGCAUGCUGCUUUCGUUUUUAUAAACUUUUUAUUUUUUAACUAUAGCUUUAUUAGUAAUUCCAAAAUGCUGCAAUGUAGCUGAUUUCCUCACUCAGACAGCUGGCUUUGUGGGUGGCUUUUUUCAUACUACUGUUAACUUUUUUAAAAAAGAAGCAAUGUAAAGACCGUAAUGCACUAAGCUUUUUUUUUCUUUUACACGUUUAAAAACUUCUUAAAGCACUCUGUAAUAUAAUGAUUAAAUUGCUGCCUUUUAUAAACAUUG